GAAUAUGAAGUGGAAGUAACUCAUUGAUCUCUUUAUAACUGAGAGAGGCAACAAUAGAGCUACCAAGAGCGUUCGCUGUUAAGAAGUUGAAGAUUUCAGACUCACAGUUGCUCAAGUAAGAAGAGGAAGCUGCAAUGUAUCUAGUUGUGGUCCUGGUGUUCUGUCUCUCUGGCUUGCUUCUCCUUUCUCUCUGGAAACAGGGUUCUGGGAAAGGGAGGCUCCCUCCUGGUCCUACUCCUCUCCCCAUCAUUGGAAACCUCCUACAGUUAGAUAUGAAGAAUAUCAGCAAAUCCUUUAGUGAUUUGUCAAAAGUCUAUGGCCCUGUGUUCACUGUGUAUUUUGGUAUGAAGCCCACUGUGGUCCUCUACGGAUAUGAAGCAGUGAAGGAAGCCCUGAUUGAUUGGGGGGAUGAGUUUGCUGGCAGAGGCAGUUUCCCUAUCGCUGAAAAGACUAGUAAAGGACGUGGGGUUAUUUUCAGCAAUGGCAAAACAUGGAAGGAGUUGCGUCGGUUCUCCCUCAUGACUCUGCGGAACUUUGGGAUGGGAAAGAGGAGCAUUGAGGACCGAGUUCAAGAGGAAGCCCGCUGCCUUGUGGAGGAGUUCAGGAAAACCAAUGCUUCACCCUGUGACCCCACUUUUAUUCUGGGAUGUGCUCCUUGCAAUGUCAUCUGUUCAAUUAUUUUCAAGAAUCGUUUUGAUUAUUCGGAUCCAACAUUUCUAAACAUAAUGAAAAGAUUUAAUCAGAAUGCCAAGAUUCUCAGCUCUCCAUGGAUGCAGCUCUGUAAUAUAUUCCCUGUCCUCUUGGAUUAUUUCCCAGGGAGUCAUAACCAAAUAGUAAAAAAUGUUACUUUUUUAAGCAAUUACACAUUGGAGAAAGCAAUGGAACAUGAAGCAUCCCUCAAUGUAAACAGUCCUCAGGACUUUAUCGAUAGCUUCCUGAUAAAAGUGAGGCAGGAAAAACAUAACCAGCAGACAGAGUUCACUUUAGAAACAUUGGCCACCACUGUAGCUGAUCUGUUUGGAGCUGGGACAGAGACCACGAGCACCACCCUGAGAUACGCCCUCCUGCUGCUGCUGAAGCACUCAGAGGUCACAGCUAAAGCCCAGGAAGAGAUUGAGCGUGUGAUUGGCAGACACCGGAGCCCCAGCAUGCAGGACAGGAGCCACAUGCCCUACAUGGACGCCUUGGUGCAUGAGGUCCAGAGAUACAUUGACCUCCUGCCCAUCAGUCUGCCCCAUGCUGUGACCCGUGACAUUAAAUUCAGGAACUACCUCAUCCCCAAGGGUAUGACCAUAAUUACAUCACUGACAUCUGUGCUGCACGAUAAGAAAGAGUUCCCCAACCCAGAGGUGUUUGAUCCUAGCCACUUCCUGGAUGAGAGGGGCAAUUUUAAGAAGAGUGACUACUUCCUGCCGUUUUCAGCAGGAAAACGGUCAUGUGCAGGAGAAGGAUUGGCCCGCAUGGAGAUAUUUUUAUUCCUAACCACCAUUUUACAAAAUUUUACCCUGAAAUCCCUGGUGGAACCCAAAGACAUUGACAUCACUGCAGUUGACAAUGGAUUUAUUUCUGUGCCACCCCCUUAUAAGCUUUGCUUCAUACCUGUGCCUAGUGACAACCAUUAGAUUUUUCCUAUUCCUCCUUCUCAUCUGAGACUUUUUUACCACUUCCCUUUCCAUCUACAAAUUGACAUUCUCUUUUCUGACCUCUCCUCGAAGUGAACCUUCAACCUCUAGUAAAGGAGUGAUUUGACAGUCUGAUGGCCCAAGUGCCUCUACUAUUCUACCUCCUUUGUAAUCUUUGUUUUAGUUGUCAAGUGAUCCAAAUAGUAUAUAGUUCUGCUUAAUCAAUAUAUUUAGGGAGAGGAGGAGCACAUGCCAUUGCAAAUUGCAGUUCUUCAUGUUCUCUGUAAAUAUCAUAAUUUAAUCAGCAGUUCUCAAACUUCCCUUUUUUUUUUGAACGGUACAGGUAAAUAUGCAAGAAAGGAGUCCAAAGUGGUCGUUUUGUUCCUUAUGAUGAUACAUACACACAAAGAGAAACAAGGACAGGAAUAGAAAAUCUCUCUUACAGGGGCUGGGAGGUAGCGCGCCUGGGUAAGUGCCAAGCCAAGGAUCCAGGUUCAAGCCCCAGCUCCCCACCUGCAGGGAGUCUACUUCACGAGCAGUGAAGCAGGUCUGUAGGUGUCUCUCCCUCUCUCUAUCUCCAUGUCCUCUCUCAAUUUCUCUCUAUCCUAUCUAAUAAAAAAAAUAGAAAAAAAGGGAACAAAUGGCCACUGAGAGUAGUGGAUUCUUAGUGCUGGCACUGAACUGCAGCAAUAACCCUGGUAGCAAUUAAAAAAAAAAGGAAGGAAAGAGAAAGUAAGUAAGUCUCUUUUUUGUGUGUAUAACUUAAAGCUUCUUAAGGUGACUUGAAAGUAUUGGACAUCCUCAUACUAUAUAGAAAUACUGCUAUCAUUGAUUUGAUAAAAAUCUUCUGUUGGGCUGGUUUUGGUGCACCUGACUGAGCACACAUUACAGUGUGCAAAAUCCAGGUUCAGGCCCUGGACCCCCACUGGCAGGGGGAUAGCUUCACAGGUGGUAAAGCAAGACUGCAGGUGUCUCUGUAUCUCUCUUCCUCUCUGUCUCCCCCCUUCCUCUUGAUUUCUGGCUGUCUUUAUCCAAUAAAUAAAGAUAGUAAAAAAAUUUUUUUUUAAUUCUGUCAAGCCCUAGAAGUAAAACUAAUGUAUGGUAUAUAUAGGUCAAGAUGAUGGUUGACUAGAAAGAGGUUUGAGGGAUCUUUCCAGGAGAAUGGGGUGUCCUAUACCUUGAGAUGAUGUUAUUACUAAGGUGUUGGAAUCCGUCAAAACUGAUGAAAGGGGACCAGGUGGUGGUGCACCUGGUUAAGUGCACACAUUCUAGUGCACAGGGACUUGUGUUCAAGCUCCUGGUCCCCACCUGCAGGGGGGAAAGCUUCAUGAGUGGUGAAGCAGGGCUGCAGGUGUCUCUCUGUCCCUCUCCUCUCAAUUUCUCUCUGUCUCUAUCCAAUAAUAAAGAAAUAAAUUUUUUUAAA